GGUGGCGGUACUGCACCAUGGAGCUGUUGGAUUCCCCAUAAACCCAAACACGAAGUAGACAUUAACCGGUGCUGAGUGUAUUUCCGACAGCACCUGACGUGCGCAGCAACCGGAGUCAUCCUGCAGCAGUCGGUCCUCAGCCUCCUCUUCACCGGGUAGCAGUCACCUUCAGCUGGUCAUGGCGUCCAGGAGGUUUUUCGUGGGAGGAAACUGGAAGAUGAACGGGAACAAGGGGAGUCUGGGAGAGCUGAUCGCCACCCUGAACAACGCCAGCCUGCAUGAGCAGACCGAUGUGGUGUGUGCCGCUCCCUCCAUCUACCUGGACUUUGCUCGGUCCAGUCUGGAUCCCAGGAUCGCGGUCGCGGCCCAGAACUGUUACAAGGUGGCGCAGGGAGCGUUCACGGGAGAGAUCAGCCCGGCUAUGAUCAAGGACUGUGGGGCGGACUGGGUGGUCCUGGGACACUCUGAGCGCCGGCACGUGUUUGGGGAAAGCGACGAGCUGAUCGGCCAGAAAGUAGCUCACGCUCUGCAGAGCGGUCUGGGCGUGAUCGCCUGCAUCGGUGAGAAGCUGGAGGAGCGCGAGUCGGGCACCACAGAAGAAGUCGUUUGCGCUCAGACGCAGGUCAUUGCAGAGAACGUGAUGGACUGGGAGAAGGUGGUGCUGGCAUAUGAGCCUGUGUGGGCCAUCGGAACAGGCAGGACAGCCACACCUGAACAGGCUCAGGAGGUUCACGAGAAGCUGAGGGCGUGGAUCAGAGCAAACAUCUCGGAUGAAGUAGCCGACUCUCUGCGCAUCAUCUACGGAGGCUCAGUGACGGGGGUGACUUGCAGAGAGCUGGCGUCUCAGGAUGACGUGGAUGGCUUUCUGGUGGGCGGGGCUUCUCUCAAACCAGAGUUUGUCGACAUCAUCAACGCACGCGCAUAACCGACACAGACAGCAGCUUCACCGGGUCCAGUGAAAAACACACUGCCCUUUAGAUCGACACGUCACUGUGUGUCUGCAGACGCGUGUUCAUUCAGUUUUAUUUUACAAAACACACAUUGAAUGUAGAUAUUAGAGUUUUUGCAACAUUGCUGCUAAUUUAGCUUUUCUGUUUAUUAUAUUGUUCAAAGUAAUAUUUUUUUGCCAUUAGAGCUGUGUUAUAUCAAAUUAAUAGUUAGUGUUGACUACAAAAUUAUGAAUAAAGCACCUUGAAAACUAUGAA